CAACCUGUAUGUGGAACCUGCCUUGGUCAGAGGUCAUCUAGCCCUGCAGGUAUUCCCACGGGAGGACUGGGACAUUCUUCAAAUGGUGUUUCAUGAAAUUGAAUCUCAAUGUACAGAAGCUUAAGGAAGCCAUUUAACAAACUAGUCAUGUCCUAUUUUGGGCUGGUCAGAUCUGGUGUUUCAGAUUGUGACCAGAAGACCUCAGAAAUCCACAAAAACACAGAUUUUACAGGAGCCUAAAGAGGAGCACCUUAACCUUUUGGAAAUGAAUCAUAUACCUUGGAUUGAAAAGACCUUUCAUAAAAGGGACUGUGUUCACAUAAUACCAAGCUCACGAGAACCUCACAGAUGUAUCCCUGGAUGCCAGAUCUGUCAAAAACUUGUUCGAUGCUGCUGUGGCCGAUUGGUCAGACAACAUUCAUGGUACAACGGAAGCCCAAGUAUUAAUCUUUCAGGGGUACAUUCAAAGCUUCAUCAGGAAACAGGACCAUGGACAUCGGAUAAGCACACAGUGAAGAGCUCCACAGAUGCAUAUGGCACCAUAGCUUUUCAAGGUGGAUCCCAUGGCUUCAAAUCGAAGUAUAUCAGAAUCUCAAAUGAUAGUAAAGCUGAAGAUAUACUUCACCUUAUGGUGAAAGUAUGGAAGAUGAAUAUACCAAGACUGGUCAUCUCAGUACAUGGUGGAAUGCAGAAAUUUGAGCUUCAGCCUUCCUUGAAAGAAGCUCUGUACAAGGGCCUUGUGAAGGCAGCAGUAACCACAGGAGCCUGGAUUUUAACAGGAGGGAUCAAUAAUGGAGUUGCAGACCACAUUGGAGAAGCCAUAAAAGAAGAUGAUUCUAGAUUGUCCCAUACAGUUUGCACAGUGGGAAUUGCCCCAUGGGGUAUAAUUGAAGGCAGAAAUGAUCUUCUUGGACAAAACGUGGUGGCACCGUAUCAAACAUUGACAAAUCCUCUAAGCAAACUCCAUGUUCUCAAUAGCUACCACUCCCAUUUUAUACUAGUGGAUGAUGGCACUGUUGGGAGACAAGGAGGAGAAAUGCAUAUACGGAGAGGGCUGGAAUGGAAAAUUAGUCAACAACAAAUCCAUGCAAGGACUGGAAGGCGGGUGCCUUUGGUGGCUCUAAUAAUAGAAGGUGGACCCAAUACCAUCCACACAGUCUUUGAAUAUCUUCAGCAAAGUCCUCCUGUACCAGUUGUGGUCUGUGAGGGCAGUGGAAGGGCAGCAGAUCUCCUGGCAUAUAUUUAUAAACAAACCGAGAGUUGUGGCAGUCUUCCAGAAGGACUAGAAACUGAUGUCAUGAGUACCAUCAGGAAGAUGUUCGCUCUAAAUCAAAAUGAGGCCACUCAUCUCUUCCAGACCUUAUUAGCUUGUAUGAGAGUUAAAAAUCUUAUUACAGUAUUUCAUGCUGAGUCUGGAGAACACCUGGAUAUAGAUGUUGCCAUCCUUACAGCUCUGUUAAAAGGUAUCAACACUUCUCCAAGUGACCAAUUUGUCCUGGCCCUUGCAUGGAAUCGAGUGGACAUUGCAAAAAAUCAAAUCUUUCUUCAUGGACAACAAUGGCGAGCAAGUUCUUUGGAACAAGCCAUGUUGGACGCCCUUGUGAUGGACAGAGUUGAUUUUGUUAAACUUCUGAUAGAGAACGGAGUCAGCAUGCACAAAUUCCUCACGAUCCCCCGGCUGGAAGAAUUAUACAAUGCAAAACAAAAUGUCAACAUUGACACAUUGCUGCACCUUAUCCAGGAUGUCAAAAAGGGUCACAUUCCUGCAGGCUAUAAGAUCACGCUCUUGGAUGUAGGACUUGUGAUAGAAUAUCUUAUGGGAGGUUCCUAUAGAUGCAGUUACACCAAAAAACAUUUCAGAGCGAUGUACAAAACCCUCAACCAGCGAUCAGCACGUAAUAAAGCUGGCACUUCUUUGCCUCAUAGCGAAAGUAAGGAACAUUUGGACGGAGUGGGAAUAAAGGAAAAAACAAGACAUGGGCAUUUUAUUCAAACUGCCCAACCAUACAAGCCAAAGGUUAACGACAGCUCAAUUGAACUCAAAAACAAUUCAGGAAGAGUUGAUAUCGUAGAGAAUGAAGAUCAGAUGCCCAAACCCUUCACUUAUCCUUUCAAUGAGCUCCUUGUAUGGGCUGCACUAACCAAGAGGCAAAAGAUGGCACUUUUCUUUUGGCAGCAUGGGGAGGAGUCCAUGGCUAAGGCUUUGGUGGCCAGAAAACUUUAUCAAGCCAUGGCUCAUGAAGCUCGCCAGAGUGUCAUUGUGGACGAUACAUCACAGAAACUGAAUGAGUAUUCCAAAGAAUUUGGAGAGUUGGCAGUAGAACUUUUAGAUAAAGCAUAUCAACAGAAUGAAAGAAUGACAAUGAAGUUAUUGACAUAUGAACUCAGCAACUGGAGCAAGUCUACUUGCCUAGAACUUGCAGUUUCUUCAAGGCUUCGGUCGUUUGUGGGCCACACGUGUACUCAGAAACUCUUAUCUGACAUGUGGAUGGGGAGACUCAACAUGAGGAAGAAUUCUUGGUUUAAGGUGAUUCUAGGCCUUUUGAUGCCUCCUAUAAUACCGCUGUUGGAAUACAAAACUGAGGAGCAAAUGUCCCACAUCCCACAGUCUCAAGAUGCACAUGAGAUGAUUGUGGAUGAAAAAGAUGAAGUUAAGCAUUUUGAGGAAGACAUCGCUAUGGACACGUUCAAUGAAGUAACAUUUUCUGAUGGUGUUUGGGGAAAUUCAUCCGAAAAACGAACUGAAAGAAAACAUUGUUACCUCCCUCUUGCACGGAAGUUUUAUGCGUUUUACCAUGCACCGAUUGUAAAAUUCUGGUUUAACACCUUGGCUUAUAUGGCAUUUCUGAUGCUCUACACAUUUGUAGUCCUGGUCAAAAUGGAGAGUUUACCUUCUGUUCAAGAAUGGAUUGUGAUCUCUAUCAUCUUCACAACAGGUCUGGAGAAAAUCCGAGAGGUUAUGUCACAAGCUGGCAAGAUCACUCAAAAACUUAAAGUCUGGUUUUGCAGCUACUUCAACGCAAAUGACACGGUUGCCAUAAUCACCUUCCUUAUCGGUGUUGGGCUAAGACUGGGCUCCAUCCAAUACACAAAUGAUGGUUCCACUGAGAAUUUGGUUUUAAUUGCCGGAAGAUUAAUUUACUGCCUUAAUAUUAUAUUUUGGAUUGUAAGACUGCUAGAUAUUUUAAAUGUGAAUCCGGAUGCUGGUCCAUAUGUUCUAAUGAUUGGCAAAAUGAUCUCCAAAAUGUUUUUCAUUGUUGUAAUUAUGGGCAUUGUAGUGAUCGCCUUUGGUGUCCCUAAGAAGGCAAUUCUCUAUCCUCAAGAAACACCCUCUUGGUCUCUUGCCAAAGAGGUAAUAUUCCGGCCAUAUUGGAUGACCUUCGGUGAAGUUUAUGCCUAUGAAAUAGACGUGUGUGCCAAUGACUCUGUUGUUCCUGAACUCUGUGGUACUGGAACAUGGCUGACUCAGUUUCUGCAGGCUGUCUACCUGUUUGUACAGUAUAUCAUCAUGGUUAAUCUUCUCAUCGCUAUAUUCAAUAAUGUCUAUAAGCGAGGUAAAGCCAUCUCCGACAUGCUAUGGAAGUUUCAAAGGUAUCAUUUAAUCAUGAUUUACCAAGACAAGCCUAUCCUGCCUCCACCGUUAAUUCUUAUUAGUCACUUGGCCUCCAUCAUCAACUGGCUCUGUCGGCGGCAAAAAAAGUCCAAAGCACACAGAACAAAACUUUUCUUAACCGAAGACGAACAAAAGACGCUUCAUGACUUUGAACAACACUGUGUGGGAAUUUAUUUCAGAGACAAAAAAGAUCAUGACAGCUCAAAGAGUGAGGAAAGGAUCCGGGUGACGAAUGAAAGAGUGGAGAAGAUGUUCAAUGAGAUGAAAGAUGUUGGGGAUCGCGUGAGCUUCAUUAAGCAUUCACUACGUUGUUUGGAUCAUCACAUUGGUCAUCUUCAAGAUCUGUCAGGUCUUACGUUGGAUUCUGUAAAUACUCUAAUGGCACAGAGAGCUCUGGAGUCCAGCAGAAGCCAUAGUGUCACAUCUUGUGAUUUAAGCCUUUCAAGAUACACCUCAGAUGAUGGAAUUGGUCGCUCAGUCACAGGAAAGAAAAGCAAAAGUGACUACCUCAUGGGUCGUUCUUUUUCACAACCUGGUAAUAAUCCCCGGAUGACGAAGUCUCAAAGAAAGUCCAACAUAUCAGAGGCAGGACCCACAGUUAGUGGUUUGUUCCAAAAAGUUGACUCCCUACCUGAUUUCCAGCAACAUACUCUUUGUGAAGAUGGCAACACCUGCAUUUGCAAUCAGAAAUUAAAAUCACUCAUAAAGAAAACGAAUCCAGCACUGGUAACAGCGCAUAUGUCUUCACAGGUUCUUGCAAGAAAACCAAUGAAAUCAGAAAUAAAGUCUGUACAAAGUAAACAUGACUCAGAGCAACCAUUUUCUCAAAGCUUUGAGCCAGCUAAUAAUUUAUACACAGAUUCCGAAGGGACUUGCAAGCCAGAGGGCUAUAUUAAUGGCGGCUUUAUUGAUGACAAAGGCCACAGUAUUGAUGUUUCUGAAGACAGCAUUAAAGACACUGAGCAGGCUUUCAAACCUUGGGUAAACCAACCUGGUGAGAUGCGUGAUGGAGGAAUCUCGCAAGAAGAACAUACAGGAGAUUACCACAUGGAUAGAGCUAUGGACAAUAUAAAUCCAAUACUAAGAGGAAAUAAGUUUGUUGGAAUGUUUCAAAAGUUUUGGACAAAGUCUAAAAACACAGAUGGCGGUCAUCAUGUGGUAAAGCAAAUGUCAAGUGAAAUAGAUUCUGCAGAUAUGGAGGCAUACCAUGAAGAAGAAACUAACUCUUUUUCAACCAAUCACUUGCAAUUUGAUGGCGCAGCAACGUCAUAUGAAGAGUCACAGCAGUCAGACUCUAAAGCUGCUUUACUGAGGGAGUCCUACUACAGCAGAUAUUCUUCAAGCCACCGAAACAUGCCUUUCCAAGAAGACUCACUUAACGGAUUCAGUCCUCAUUUUAUACCAUCGAUGGACAUGUCUUUUUACUACUCGGCAAUAGAAAGAAACAACUUAUUUCGACUUUCCCAGAGUAUCCCUUUUACACCUCUACCACCAGCAGGAGAACUCGUCACUGUGUAUCGCUUGGAAGAGAGCUCCCCGGACAUCUUAAACAACAGCAUGUCUUCUUGGUUACAACAAGGACUCUAUGCCAAGAUUGAGUUUCUUGGUAGGGAGGAAAUGGGUGGAGGUUUACGACGAGCUGUGAAAGUGGCAUGUGCUUGGUGUGAAAAUCACAUCCUAAAAGCCGGCUACCUCUAUAUCAUCAAAUCGUUCCUGCCUGAAGUUGUGGAUACAUGGGCGGGAGUAUACAAAGAAGACACUGUGUUACAACUCUGUCUAAGAGAAAUUCAGCAACAGAGAGCAGCCCAGAAACUCCUAUUUGCUUUCAACCAGAUGAAACCCAAAACAAUUGCAUUUUCCCCAAAGUUUCUAGAAGUGUUCCUCUUGUACUGUCACUCAGCUAGGCAGUGGUUCACAGUCGAAGAAUGCAUGGCUGGAAGAUUUAAGAAAUAUAACAACAAUACGGGAAAUGAAAAUGUUCCGAAGAAUAAGCUGGAGGAGACUAUGUUGGCCUUUAGCCACUGGACAUACGAGUACACCAAAGGGGAAUUUCUGGUCCUCGAUUUGCAAGGUGUGGGGGAGAAUUUGACCGACCCCUGUGUCAUAAAAGCAGGAGAUGGAAGAUCACGUGAUAUGAUAUUCGGCCCUGCAAACCUCGGAGAUGAUGCCAUCCAAAACUUCUGUUCUCAACAUCAAUGUAACAGUUGCUGCAGAACGCUCAAACUUCCAGAGCUAAAAAUAAAUGAUUACCUACAGCAUGAAACGCCGGAGAAUUCCAUUGUCCACAUAUCUCAUGAAUGCAGCAGAGAAGGGACAAGACAACAUCCUAUUCCUGACCGAAUGCCUGAUGUGUCGGACGUGUGACUCCUUGGAUUGCAAUACGAUAGGUUAAGGGCUUUUAAAAGUGCAGUCUGAACGAAGAGAAGCCCCAAUGUAAAGACAGGACUUGUUUAAACCUAACACCAUAAAAAGUUAUUGUCAUCAAAUGUUUUUAUACGGUGCCCGAUGAGUCGAGCAUAAUCCAGAAAGGUCCCACACAGGGUCGUAACGCAUACAGAGUAUGCUGGUCUCAAAAUUCCUGUUGUCUUCAAUAGUAAAGACGAAUAAUCCAUUUCUAUUAAGAAUAUAACCACUCAGAACCCAAGGUUAGAUUGUGUGGUUGCUAGAAUAUCAAUAAACUGGAAUCUUUAAACUAAUAAUGAGUAAUAAUGAGU